AUGGAUAGUUGCAAGGUAACCUCUACUCCAAUGGGAUCCAGAUUGUAUGUUGAUCAAGAUGAAUCAAGUGUUUCGAUUGAUAUCACAAAGUAUCUAGGUAUGGUUGGUUCCUUACUUUAUUUGACGGUAAGCCAUCCUAAUAUAAUGUUCAGUGUGUGUCUUUGUGCGUGUUUUCAAGCCAAUCCAAAGGAAUCGCAUCUCACCGUUGUUAAAAGGAUCAUCAAGUAUCUCAAAGGAACAACAAAUGUCGGCCUAUGGUAUCCUAAAGGUGGUAUUUGCAAUUUAGUUGGUUAUUCUGAUGCUGAUUAUGCAGGAAGUAAAACUGAUAGAAAGAGCACCAGAGGUACAUGUCACAUUCUUGGAAAUGCAUUAGUAUCAUGGGCUUGCAAGAAACAAGCAUGUGUUGCCCUUAGCAUUGCCAAAGUGGAAUACAUAGCAGCAGACAACUGUUGUGCUCAAAUACUUUGGCUUAACCAACAACUUCGUGACUACAGACUCGAUCUUGGAUGCAUUCCUCUACGUUGUGACAAUACAAGUGCAAUAAACAUUACAAAAAAUCCGGUCAUGCACUCAAGAACCAAACAUAUUGACAUUCGACAUCAUUUUCUUCGUGAUGACAUGCUUCAAGGAGAUGUCGAAGUCACAUUUAUGGAUACUCAUAAUCAACUCGCCGACGUCUUCACAAAACCAUUGGCACGAGAAUCAUUUUACAAAAUUCAAAGGGAACUUGGGAUUUUAGAUGAUUGUGACAUUUAA